AUGACGACGACUGGCGGAAGCAGCCGGGGACGCCUUCGUACGUCGUUUGCCAAGAGCGAAGCGCUCGACCCAUUUUAUUCGGGCGGCGCUGUCGCUGUGACGUCUGAUGCGGCAUGGAUCGCCGCGACGUUUGGAACGGACGUACACAUGGUCGAGGCACGUACCUCGCGCAUUUUGCACAAGAUCGCCGGAGAUGGCGAGGAUAUACAGAGCCUCACGCUGAGUAACGAUGAUACGUACCUUGUGACGGCCUCCCGCUCCUUAGCGCUGCACUUCUAUGUUCUGCCUGGCAUGGAGCAUGUGCGCACGAUUUCCAAGGCCCACGAGGCGCCUGUAGCCCUGAUGGCCGUGGAUCCGACCUCGAGUCUGCUGGCGACAGGGAGCGCCGAUGGCUCUGUGAAGAUCUGGGACAUGCGGGGCGGAUACUGUACACACGUGUUCCGGGGCCAUGGCGGCGUGAUUAGUGCGUUGUGCUGGCAUGUCGAGAGCCCUUCGAAGGCAGGACGCCGCGUGCAGCUCUUCACCGGCUGCGUCGAUGGCAAAGUGCGCGUAUGGGACUUGCAUGGCCACAAGAAGGCGAUGCAUGCCAAGCCAUCGGCCGUGCUCAAUGCGCAUGCCGGCGUUGUGCGUGGCAUUAGUCUCUCGUCGGAUGGACAGACACUCGUGAGUGGUGCUCGAGACCAGACACUUGUGUUUUGGGACGCACGCGAUGGACAUUGGCAUCGCCGCGAGAUUCAAUUGGCGCAUGAGCGCAUCGAGGCGCUGCAUUUCCUGCCGGAUGUACCGUACUUCAUUACGGCUGGCUCUCGAGGCGCACUUCGAGUGUGGGAUACCCAGGGACGGGUGGUGAGUGAGCAAACGGUCGAGCGAGUCGAUGAGGACGACGAAGAUGAGCUGCGCGGCCUGGUGGAUGCGGUCCUUGCUUCGAAUACGAUCGUGACUGUCUCCGCCACGCAGGACCUGGCCUUUUUCGUGUGGGACGGACAGCUGGUUCAGACGCGCCAAUUGGUGGGCUACAAUGACGAAAUCGUGGACUUGGCGCUCGUACAGACACACUAUCUCGCUGUGGCAUCGAAUAACAGCCAGCUGCGCAUCUACAGGCUCGAUACCCAGGACCGUGACCACGACGUGGCGCUUGUGGAUGGACAUUCCGACAUGGUACUGAGCAUCGACACCAAUGGUGAAUGGCUCGUAUCCGGCUCCAAGGACCACACAGCCCGAAUUUGGGCGCGUGUGCACGACGGACGCCAUGGAUGGGUCUGUCUUGGUGUAUGUGAAGGGCAUGCAGAAAGCGUCGGAUGCGUCGUCUUUUCGAAGAAGGAAGAUGCGCCCUUUGUCAUCACAGCCAGUCAGGACCGGACUGUCAAGUUGUGGGAUCUCUCUGUACUGACCAACGACAGCCGGAACGUCAAGCUGUCGUCCUUACUGACCCUGAAAAUCCACGACAAGGACAUCAAUUCUAUCGAUAUCGCGCCUAAUAAUGCGCUUCUUGUGUCGGGCUCGCAGGACCGCACAGCCAAAGUAUUCCGUCUACAUUACGUGCCGCCACGCAAGAAUGCCAAGCCUACAGCCUCCCUUGAGCUGCUAUCUACAUGUCGCGGCCACAAGCGCGGCGUAUGGUCCGUCCAGUUCUCUCCAGCUGAGCAGGCCUUUGCCACGGCGUCGAGUGAUCAGACCGUUCGCAUGUGGAGUCUCAAGGACUUUACCUGUGUGCGGGUCUUUGAGGGCCAUACGGGCAGUGUGCUGCGGCUGCGAUACACGCCCAGCGGUACACAGAUUGUGUCGUCAGGUAACGAUGGGCUCAUCAAGAUCUGGAAUGUGCGCGACGAGGAGUGUGCGGUGACGAUCGAUGCGCACGAAGACAAGAUUUGGACGCUGGUCGUGCGGGAUGAAACGCCCACGACGCCGCUCCAGAUUGUGAGUGGUGCCGCGGACAGCACAAUGGCCGUCUGGAACGACACCACCGAGGUCGUCGAGGCCGAGCAGGCUGCUGCAGCCAAGGAUGCCGUCGAGCGUGAGCAGGCCUUUACGAAUCUCGUGCUGCUUCAGGACUACCGCAGUGCGAUAGCACUGGCCUUCCAAAUGAAUCAGCCGCGCCGGCUACUGCAACUGUUUGCCCAGGUAGCAGCAUCGCGACCGGAAGAGGAUGCGAUCGCAUCGAUGGAGCGUCUGUUCCAAGAUGCACUAGGCACCGCGGACGCCCAAAGCGGCAGCAUCACGGGCCUCGCGACCGUCGAUGAUAUCUUGCGCGACUUGCCGCGGAGUCAGUUGGCGCAGCUCCUCGUAUAUGUGCGCGACUGGAACACGUCUGCACGCACAUCUCCGAUCGCACAGCUGGUCCUGCAUGCGAUCGUGCGACAAUGGGAUGCCGAAUCGAUUCUCGAUGCGAUAGAAGACGCGCGUGCGUCGCUCCAGGUAUCGGCCGUCGCCCUGCUGGAGGGCCUCGUUCCGUACACAGAGCGCCACUAUGCGCGUGUGGACCGCAUGCUCGUCGAAAGUGCCAUGCUCGAGUACACGUUGCAGGCCAUGGAUACUAUCAUAGGCGAAUAA